AGGUGUGGUCUAACGGCCAAAACCGGAACUAUCCGAAGAACAGCGGCCAGUAUCUGCGCAGUCGGUGAGAGAGAAAGACGCGCGCGGAGAGAAGGGUUAAAGACGAGGACUUUUAAUAGCUACAUUUUUGCGUUUUUCUUCAGAGAAACCGGCCCUUGAAUAGGUGCUGAAGUUUCCACAAAAAUGAGUAUGUACGGAUCUCAGACCAGACUGAACCAGAUGGGACGCAGAUCCAACUCGCGUCCCGAUCUGACCAACGCAGGCUUAGGUGCAUACAGGAGUGAUGGGGCAAUGUUCGCUGGAAAUGGACACCAGUCUGAGUUUAAUGAUGGUUACACACAGACCGUGACGCAGUCCUUUUCCAGAAACUCGCAGGGGGGCAGAGUAGGCGCACAGACUAUGUCAUCCAUGCCUCUUCAGCAAAGAGCUCAGAUCCUUUACAAUCAAUGCAUGAACUAUCUGCAGCAAGCCCAACUCAUCCUGGAGAACUUGGGACCAGCGGCUGAAGUGGACAAAAACAUGAUAAGAGCUGUGGAAGCCAUGGACAUGCUCAAUAAAUGUGCUAUGGAUGCAAGUGCUGUCGGUCAAGCUCCUGACAUGAUAAUCAGAGGUCUAGAGGAGUGCCGUGGCUUCCAUGCAGAUAUCCGAAACUCCAUCACAGGCACCACUAUUAGGAGAACCAGCAACACAAUGAACACCAUGAACAGCAUGAACGCCAUGAACACCAUGAACACCAUGAAUACCAUGAACACCAUGAACACCAUGAACACCGCAAACUGGGAGGACCACAGCAAAAUUAUCCAGGAGGCAAUAUCAUGGAUCAACCAGAAAAAGCGCCUCAUCGAGACCUCACCCUUUGGCGAGGAUGCAGAGACCAUCAGCCAACAAAUCCUGAAUCACAACAAGUUUCACAGUUCAAUUCAGAGAAGCAGUGAGGUGGACCGAGCACGAGAUGAGAUGAUGCAGAGCAGGGAUAAGGCUGGACUUAAUUCCCUGGAGCAAGACUGGGACAGUUUACAGAAAAUGUCCCACGCACGUUCGACCCAACUGCGAGAACUGCAGGGCAUCAUAGAGGAGAUCUCCAGGGCCAUCAUGUGGGUCAAUGACAGAGAAGAAGAAGAACUGGUGUUUGACUGGGGAGACAAAAACAUUGAUACCUACAUCCCCCAAAAACAAGAGGAUUACUCAAGACUGAUGAGUGCCCUGGAAGAGAAGGAGAAAGAGCUGAACAAACUGAAGACAAAGGUGGACGGCCUUCUAAAGAACCAACACCCAGCAUCUGAUAAGAUAGAGGCUUAUGUGGACACAUUGCAAACCCAGUGGAGCUGGUUGUUGCAGAUUACCAAAUGCAUUCAUGUUCACCUGAAGGAGAACGCUGCUUACAGCCAGUUCUUCAAGGAGGCCAAUGAGACGUACACCAGACUCCAGAAAGAACACGAGAGCUUCCGUAAGAGAUUCACAUGUGACAAGAACACAUCACUGGACAACCUCAUAGAAAUGCUCAAACAUCUGGAGAAAGAGAAGGAAAGGAUCAUGGAGAGUAAGAGGCAAGUACAGACACUGGUCAGCAAGUCCAAAAACAUUGUGUGUCUGAAACCUCGCAACCCAGAAGAGAAAAGCAGCGGUCCGGUCAUGGUGAAAGCGCUGUGCGACUUUAAACAGGACCAGAAGGGCAUCCUGAAUGGCAACACGGGCAUUCUGAAGGACAACUCCCAGCGCAGUAAGUGGCUUGUGACUGGACCUGGAGGACUGGACAUGCUCAUACCAUCAGUGUGUCUGAUCAUACCACCGCCCAACCCACUGAGCAUCAGCGUGGCCAACAAGAACGAGCAGUACUACGAAGCCAUCAUGUCGCUCUGGAGUCAGCUGUACAUUAACAUUAAAAGCCUGGUUUCCUGGCAGUACUGCAUGAAGGACAUUCAAAAUAUUAACUCCCUCACACUUACCAUGCUCUCCCAAAUGCGUCCCGAGGAGUAUCGUAACAUCAUCAAGAGUCUGGAGAUGCAUUAUCAGGAGUUUACGCGUAACAGUCACGGCUCUGAGAUGUUUGCGGAUGAAGACAAGAGAAUGAUGGAGCAGCAAUACACCGGCGCACAGACAUAUUAUGACCAGUUGGUGAUUCAGCUGCCCAACUACAGGGACAGUGGGAUGGAAAGCCCGGGGAGGGUGGUGAUCAAGUCGCCGACGGGUGAGAAGAAGGGAGUAAAGGAGAAAGAAGGGCAUAAAACGGUAAUAGGCAGUGUGAAGACGGUGGUGACAAACGGGAAGACGACGAUCAGCUCAGGAGGAGGAGGAGGAGCAGGAGUAGGAGGAGGAGCAGGAGGAGGAGCAGGAGUAGGAGGAGGAGCAGGAGUAGGAGGAUUAAACCUUCGAUUCAUGUCAGACCUGAGUGCUCUCCGAUACAGACUGGAGACAGCGGAGUCAGGUCUGAUUCAAGAUCUCCACGUGCCUCUGAAUGAGAAGAGCGUACAGCAAUGCUCACAAAGACUUGUGCGACUCCAGGGUGUGAAUCAUGAUCUGGACACUAUCCGGGACGAAUACCUGCGCCUGAGAGAAAAGAUUUUGAGAGAGCUGGAGGGCAGCACUAACGCUGAGCAAACCCGCUUUCUGCGCACGGAACUGGACCACAUCAACCAGAAACUGGGCAACCUGCAAAGCUUCUCAGCUGCAUAUAUCCAGAGGCUCAAUGCUCUUCAAGCUAUGCUGCAGAGCGUACUGCAGGCCGAGGACAUCAUUAAAGUCCACGAAGCCCGUCUGACAGAGAAGGAAACCUCUGCUCUUGAUCCAAACGAAGUGGAGAAAUACUGUGUGACUCUCAAGAACAUGAAAGCUGAGCUGGAGCAGAAGAAAGGUGUUUUGAAGACUAUGGAGUCUGAGCUGUCCAAGGCUAUCCAGUAUAAUAGUCAGAUCGGCCAGUCUUACCAUCAGUGUGACGUUGACCUGUCCAGAUACACAGAACUGGUCGGACAGAUGACAGACCGGUGGCGUCGAAUUGUGGCCCAGAUUGAUAGCAGGACUUGGGACCUGGAAAAACAGUCGAAACAACUGAAUCACUACAAGCAGACAAGUGGCACGAUAAACAAAUGGAUGGAUGAUACACGUCAGCGUCAAAAUUCCCUCCAGAUUACUAAAUUCAACAAUUUGGAGAAACUAAUGGAGCACCUGAACCAACAAAAAGCGCUGUAUUCUGAGAUAAAAGGAAAGAAAGAAAAAGUGGAUGAUGUGGUUACUGAUGCUGACACAUGUGCUGCCUCCAUCAAGGACUAUGAGCUCCAGCUGGCUUCCUACAGUUCAGGUUUGGAGACGCUCCUUAACAUUCCCAUCAAAAGGACUAUGCUGCAGUCUCCAGCGACUGAACUGAGACAGGAGGCAACAGAGAUGCAUUCACGCUACAUAGAGCUCUUGACACACUCGGCUGACUACUACAAGUUUCUUGGGGAGAUGCUGAAAAACAUGGAGGAAUUAAAGAUGCGCAACACUAAAAUUGAACUUUUGGAGGAGGAGCUGAGGCGCCUGAAGGAUGACCUCAAAGAUCAAACCCAAAAGAACAAGUCAUUGGAGGAUAAUCUGGCACGUUUUCGGCUGGAGCUCAACCAGUCUAAAGAACAAGUAAUAUCUUUGGAGCAGGUGAAGAGAACCCAGGUUAUUCAGGUCAAUGCUACAAAAGACAGCCUGGACAGCACCCAGAACCAGCUAAAGAGCUUACAAGACGAGUUGUCGCGCCUCACAUUUGCUAUUGAAGAGGAGAAACGCAAGCGGAGGCUGGCUGAGGAACGAUAUACCACCCAACAGGAACAGUAUGAUCUCACUAUCCGCAAGAGACAGACGGAACUGGACGAUCUCAACCAGUCGAAAAAUCAAUUUGAAAGGGCCAUCAAAGAUAAAGAGCGGGAGAUCGAAAGGCUUAAAAUGCAGCUGGAGGAUGAAGCCUCUCGUCGCUCUGCAGCAGAGUCCGAGACCUCAAAGGUAAGAUCACAGUUGAGCCAGGAGAUUAGUAAACUAAAGCAAACUUAUGAAUCUGAGAUCAACAUCACCAAGACCAGUGUGCUCAUGACGACACAGCAAAAGGCAGAGGAAUCUGCGAACCUGAAACUCCAGUUGGAUAGACUAAGUUCAGAGAAGAGAGACCUGGAGGAAGAACUUAGAAAGCAGAGGCUCUCUUUCAGUCGCGCAGAAGAAGCAAGGAAAAAAGCAGAACAGGAGGCACUUCAACAGAGGUCUUCAGUAACAGAGACUACCAAGUUGAAAAGGGAUAUGGAGUCGCAGAUUCAGAUCACAAUACGUCAAAAAGAAGAGAUUGAAAUGAGAUACAAGGCAGAACUGACAGAGGCUAACAGAGCUGCUCAGGAUAGGGCCCGUCAGAUUACCUUGUUAACACAGAACUUUGAAGAAGAGUCCAGAAAAAGAAAGGCCCUGGAGGUUGAGAUGCAAAGCCUCAGACAAUCUCAGACAUCCACCACUGAGGUGAUUAACAAACUGAAGAUCUCCGAGCAAGAGUUGCUGGUCAUCAAGCGAGAGCUGGAGAGGCAAACGAACGAGAGGAGCAAGUCGGAACAGAACGCCACCAUACUGCAGAGUCGCAUGAGUGAACUGCAGUCCAAGGUGAAUGUGUUGCAGGCCGAAUUGGACAAAGAGAGGAAGAAUACACAGGAGGAACUUACAAGGAGAAAGCGAAUAGAAACAGAGCUGGAGAAAGUAAAUCAAAUGUGCCGCGAAUACACCACUACCAUCACCACUCUACGGGUCACUCAGGAGAAAGAAAGUGCUUCGGGACGCAAGUAUGACCAGGAGCUUCGUGGUCUAAGAGACGAACUGGACAGAAGUCAGAGGGAGUAUAAGGUUACGGUAGAGAAUUUGACCAGGGUGAAUGCAGAAUUGAAGGCCUUGCAGCAGCAGCUUAUACAAGAACAGGCCCGUGUCCGUGAGGCCACUCAACGCAACGAUUCUCUCUAUAAGACUAUAGAGGAGAAGAGUCGUACGCUAAAUGAGAGCACCAAUGAGAUUGAGAAACUGCAGAGCCUCACUCAGAACCUUACCAAAGAACGUCUGCGGCUAGAGGAAGAGCUAAGGACUCUGCGAAUGGAAAGGGAUGACUUUCAAAGAGGCCUGAGCACCAUCGAAAGCGAAAGUGCAUCACGAUUGUCGGCCAUUCAGUUCCAGUUACAAUCCAGCAAUAACAGGGCACUGGAACUACAAGAACUAAUCAAUGAACUGACUAAAGAGCGAGAAAGUUUAAGGGUGGAAAUUUCUCAAACCCAAAAGCAGUUCUCUGAGACGUCCCUGAUGAUCCAAAGGUCUGAGACUAAGUACAAAGAUAUCAUGCAAGAGAGAGACAGUCUUUUGGCCAAACUGAAACUGCUGGACCAGGACCAAGGAAAGCAGCAGCGAUAUGAAGAUGAGCUCAGACGCAUUAAAGUCUCAUUAGAAUCUGAGACCAAACAGAAGCAACGUCUCCAGGAUGAAAUUGACAGAAUUAACAAAGAGUUCAUGUACUGCAAAAGCCAAUACGAGUUGAAAGAAAGCCAGAUCAGGCAGAGAGAGUCAGAUAGAGACAAAGCAGAGAGAGACAGGGCUUCCCUACUCAGUGAGAUUCAAAGAUUGACUACUGAGCUGAGGAGUGUGGAGGAGCGCUACAAGUGUCGUAUGGAGACCUCAGAGAGGGAAAUUCGGGAGCUUACUCGCAUAAGGCAGUCUUUAGAAAUAGAAUUGCAGAAGUUGCAACAACGUCCAGUCGCAUGCCCUAGAUGUUCACAGACUAAAUCUGAGGGGUUGAAUAUAACAGUGAAAGGUCUCCGUUCCGAGGUCUCGAUUACCGAGCUUGUAAAUUCCAACUUGCUCGAUGAAACAGAUUUGGUUCAAAUUAAACAAGGAACACUAACAAGUACAGAUAUCGAGGACAGGCUCAAAAUGUACCUAGGUGGUUCUUCUUGUAUCGCUGGUAUUUUCGAUGAGGCCAAUAACAGGGUCAUGCCCAUUUACCAGGCCAUGAAAGAUGGUCUACUUCGACGGGGAACCACACUUGAGCUCCUAGAGGCCCAGGCAGCCUCUGGUUUCAUAAUUGAUCCGGUCAACAAUGUUUGCAUGACAGUAGAGGAAGCAUGGAGGAGAGGUCUCGUGGGACAGGAGUUUAAAGACAAACUGCUGUCUGCCGAGCGGGCCGUCACCGGAUACACAGACCCCGCAACUGGAAAAAUCAUCUCACUCUUCCAAGCUAUUGAAAAAGAGGUGAUAGAAAAGGGUCAUGGAAUUCGACUGCUGGAGGCUCAGAUAGCUAGUGGCGGCAUCAUCGAUCCGAAAGGAAGCCAUCGAAUUGACGUGGAAGUGGCUUACCAGAAAGGUUACUUUGACCAUGAAAUGAAUGACAUUUUGUCAUAUGAAGGUGAUGACACCAAAGGGUUUUUUGACCCCAACACUCAUGAAAACCUUACAUAUCUGCAACUAAAAAAGAGAUGCAUCACAGAUCCUAAGACCGGCCUCGUUCUUUUGCCUCUAAAAGACAAGAAAAAGCCGCAGCAAACAACAACAACUCAAAAGAACACGCUUCGCAAGAGAAGAGUGGUCAUUGUAGACCCCGACACAGGGAAAGAGAUGACUGUACGUGAAGCGUAUCAUCGGGAGUUGAUUGACUACGACACUUUCCUGGAACUUUCUGAACAAGAGUGUGAGUGGGAAGAAAUCACCAUCUCGGGAUCUGAUGGCAGCAAGCGUGUAGUUCUUGUUGAUCGCAAGACUGGAUGCCAGUAUGAUGUUCAAGAUUCACUAGACAGGGGCAUUAUUGAUAAACAAAGCUUGGAAAGGUACCGUAAUGGAACUAUGACUCUCACCGAGUUUGCAAGUAUGAUCACCAGUAAAACCAGCAGCUCUGAGCUUGCCAUCUGCUCCAGCAGUCCUGAAGAUGUUGCUACUUGCAGCAGUCCCACCCCAUCUUCUCCAACUGUCCGCAAGCGGUUCGCUAGUGUAUCCAUCACACUCUCACCUCCAUCUGAUAUUUUUGAUGACCAGAGCCCUGUGGGAGCCAUCUUUGAUACAGAGACUCUAGAAAAGAUAACCAUCCCUGAGGCUCAGCGGCGUGGUAUAGUGGACACACUCACUGCUCAAAGGCUCUUGGAAGCUCAAGUUUGUACUGGAGGAAUCAUAAACCCAGCCACUGGCCAGAGACUCUCUGUGAAAGAUGCCAUACAACAAAGCAUCAUUGAUGAUGACAUGGCUUUAAAACUGAAACCAGCACAGAAGGCUUAUGCUGGUUUUGAGGAUGUGAAGGCCAAAAGGAAACUGUCUGCCGCUGAGGCCAUAAAGGAGAAAUGGCUGCCUUAUGAUGCAGGCCAGAGGUUCCUGGAGUUCCAGUAUCUGACAGGAGGACUCAUAGAGCCAGAAACUGGCCGGCGGGUGACCAUCGAAGAAGCCAUCCGAAAAGGAUGGCUUGAUGGUAAAGGUGCACAAAAGCUGCAGGAUACGAGGAACUACAUUAAGAACCUUACUUGUCCUAAAACCAAGCUUAAAAUCUCAUACAAAGAGGCAAUGGAUAACUGCAUGGUGGAGGAGAACAAUGGUAUGAAGAUGCUCCAGGCUACUUCUAUGUCUUCAAAGGGCAUAAGCAGCCCCUACAACGUGUCUUCGAGUCCAAGCUCUCGCCCAGGAUCUAGAGCGGGAUCUAGAACAGGAUCUCGUACUGGCUCACGCAGAGGCAGUGUUGACUACUCCUCUACAGUUAGUUUUAGUUAUAUGACAUCUUAGUUAGACAUUUGUUUGUAAUCCCUAGGCUUAGUAUGUAUAAAGCACGUUUAAGGCACACAUGAAAGAGGUUUUUAUUCAUGAUUUAGGUGUGGGUUUCAGAUACAGAAUAUGAACUGACAUCAGUUAUCAUAAAAAUAUACACUGACUAACAGAUUAGCUUCUAAUCUCUAAACUUAUGAUGAUACAUUUUCUUGGGUGUUUGUUAAGAUGUGUUUUUUAGUUUACUAAUGUGAUGGAUUAAAGUGAUUUUUGAUUAUUUACUCAAUGGGAAUUUAGAUUUUUAUGACAUUUAGCAUAUUGUUUUUACAAAUAUUUUCCAGUUGGUUUAUUUGGUGUAUGACAUCAUUUUCAGACAUUUUAUUUUCCUUUAAACUAAAUCAUCAGCUUGCGUAUUAUCAACAUGUUAUCAUUUAGAAACAUUAAAGCUGAAAUAUGAGUUUGUGUCAGCUUAAUUUGUUUAACCUGAUUGUUUUUAUGCGAGAAUAUAAACAAUAAAGCAUCGUAUUCUAUCAAAAUAUAAA